CUGCGCCUCGGCUAGAGCGCCCGCGCGCCCCCUGGCGGCGGCGGCUCAGUGUCUGUGUCCCCGCAGCCCGGCAUGGGGGCCAGGGAGCUGUGGGCGCUCCUGGCCGCGCUGCGGGCGGGCUGGUGCCUGCUGCCGCAGGCCGGCUACCUGCACCCCGACGAGUUCUUCCAGUCGCCCGAGGUGAUGGCAGGGGAUAUUUUAAACCUACAAGUCUAUUACCCUUGGGAGUUCCUUUCCAGCUCUCCUUGCAGGACAGUUGUUUUCCCGCUGAUGACUUCUGGCAUUACCUACUGGGUGAUCAAGUCUUUGCAGCAGCUGGACAUAUGUUCAAGUUGCAUCAACAGCUACACCCUUCUUGUAUCACCUCGCCUUCUCUUUACAAUCUUUUCUUUCAUACUUGACUAUAGUGUUUAUCGAUUAGCUCCUUCCUGGGAAGCAGAUCGGUGGAAAGCACUGGUGCUUCUUGCUGGAUCAUAUGUCACUCUGGUAUUUUAUACAAGAACCUUUACCAACACACUUGAAGGACUUCUCUUUGCUCUUCUGAUGGUACUGGUUUCCUCAAGAAAGCCUAACAGCAGCUUAGCGGAGCCUACACACAGCCCUCUCAUAGGUAUUGUAACAACUGCUGGGUUUUUCAACAGGCCAACAUUUUUGGCAUUUGCUCUAAUGCCCCUGCUUUACUGGGCAGGUUUCAUUGUUGACUCUCAAAGGAGCAUUAAAACUGUCAUAAACCACUUUUUGAAGCUUGUCCUAUGUGCAUGUUUUACUGCUGUUGUUUUCAUAACAGCUGACACCUUCUAUUUCACUGCCAUGGGCUUAGACAACCUCUACGGCAUUAAGAAUAACAGUCUAUUUGAUGUAAUAGGUCAAUUAAAUGAGAAAAUUAUAGUAACCCCUUUCAAUUUUCUCAGUUACAAUCUUAAUCCUCAUAAUCUUGCACUGCAUGGAAGUCACCCACGAGUUACACAUUUUACAGUCAAUGGAAUGAUGCUGUUUGGGAUCUUGCAUGUUCUGGCCAUUGGUGCUGGUUGUAAAAUGUUAAAGCAAUAUAUUUGUCAGUUAAUACGGGUCAAAUCAUGUUACCAUGGGUCAUCUGGGCACUUAGUGCAUUCCAAGGGCAAGCCAACAUUACUGCUGUUUUAUUUUGUUCCUCUGGCAUUUCUCUCUCUAUUCAGUCACCAAGAACCUCGGUUUCUUAUUCCUCUCAUCUUGCCGUUAGUCCUGUUCAGCACGUCACAGAACAGAGCUAUGAAGUGGAAAUACGUCAUUGUUAUUUUCAACAUGCUCGGGGCUUUGCUGUUUGGGUGCUUACACCAGGGAGGACUGAUACCAUGUUUGUUUCACUUGGAGCAACUCGUGCAUUCUCCAGAGUCCUCAAGCCAUUCAAGGCACUACACUCUACUUUUUGCUCACACCUACAUGCCUCCUCGAUCUCUGCUUAAUAUCAAGAAGAGAGACACACAUAUAGAAGUCAUUGAUAUGGCUGGGUCUGAAGAAGAAACCCUCUGCCAGAUAGUACAGCAGCGAGCAAAUGAUUUUACCUGCAAUGACUGUCAUGUUUUUGUUGUAAUCCCUGGUACAAUCAGAGCCACAAUUACAAAAUGUGGUGUCUCAUUCCUGAACGAGACUUUGAUAUUUCCACACUUAUCAAUGGAAGACCCACCACACAUACCGUUCCUAUUAAGCAGAAAUUGGAGAAGUCAGUUAGGACUAUACAUCCUUCAGCUAGGCAGAAAUCAGCAGAGCCUUCAGAUUUCAGGAAAACAAGGGUUUAGUCUGUGACUUCACUUGGGUGCUCCCCAAAGGUGCUGUGAGACCUUCCUCUUUACAGACCCACUUUCAGCAUGAGUAGUGGCAUUCCGAGCCCCCCCCCCCCCCCAGGUCUCUUUAUACAUGCCCUUACCCUUACCAGUAGAGCCAGUUCUUGAUAGAACCUGCUAAAAAUUUGAGUUAUUCAGCCUCUGUGGUAUUUCACGUGAACUUAUGUCAUUUUCCUGACAGGAGGGAAUGACAUCAGAAACCACCAAAACUGUGAUUCAAGCUUAGCACUUUCCAUGUGAGAUUCUUGAAAGUUCUCAUCAUCUGACAGAAGGUUUAUGAACUGUGUGUUUUUUACUGAUAGCAGGUAUUAACUUAGCUGCCAGGGGUCACAGGACUAAAGUAAAGCCAGUCUGUCUCACAACGGUUUUAUUUUUAGGCUCUUAAAGAGUCCCCACUCAGUCAUCAGAUCAGGCUGCAGCGACAGUGUAAGCACCAGCACUCUAAUAUGGGCUUGGGUGGUUCUGUCUUGAAAAAUCCCCAGCACUGAUCUGACAGAAUCUGAUUUAGAACAUGGAAGGUGCUUCAGCCUAAGUACUUCUGCUAAAUCCUAAAAUCCAAGCUUUGCCUGUUUAAUGUUUCUUGCUGCACUUCCAUUCUUGUAGAUAUGCUACACAUGUACUGCAAGGAGCAGCUUGAGAGUGCUGCAUUCUGAUGGAUUAAGCCCAUCUGUUGUUUAGCUACUGCAGGCAGGGUAGUCCUCCCCACGCGUGCUCCUGCUGCACAUCCUGCAGCUUUCCUUACUCCAUCGCAGCUCCAACACUGUCAACAGUGCAGGACAGGCCCUGCAGUGAGCUGGUUCAAGGAGCUGCAUGGACAGAAAACAGGCCACUCGGAAGGAUUUGAUCCUUUGUAUGCAUUUGACAAGAUGGAUCUCUGAACUGGCUAGAGAUCCCCCAGUUCUGCUGCAGGGGAGCAUGUGAGCAUCCAAGGGAGGCACCACAACCCCUAUGCCCCCCCUCCCCUUUAGAAACUGCUCCCCAUUAACUCAGCUUAUGAGAAUGACAGAUGACUUCCUGGCUCUCUGAUGGAGAGCAGUCUGAUUUGGAAGUGUGAUACAAAUAACUGAGCUUCAGCUGGGAACAAUGUGUAUGUUUAAUAGUAUAGUACUCCUAACGAUGUUCAGGUUUGCCUGUGUGAACUUCUGAAUCAGAAACAUCCUAACACAGAGGGAAAUAGUAAUUUGGCACGUACUUUGUAGGUCAAGCCUCUCUCUGUGAACGAAUCUUACACUGGAAUUCUCUCUACUCACAAAGGUAGUAAUGCUUGUUGCAGUUCUUCAUCCACACAGCUUUAUAUAAGGGCUUAUGAGCCAGUUUUUCAACAGACAAUAGUAAUACAGAUUGACUUCAUGCUCUAAAGGGAAGCAAGGAAAAAUCCCGUUGAAGGAUUUACCUUUAUCUUCCAAACGACACAUACCUCUAUGUUAGUAACUCUCUCUCUCUUGUAAAGCAUUUCGUGUUGUCUCCCCUACGUGUUCAUCCCACAUCCUUCAUCCCUCAUUAUUGGCAGGCCUGUAAAUUAAAGGUGCAUGUUUCUGAGGGUGUGGGGUAACAGGGGUGAAUGUAUCUUUGUACUGGUGACUCCUGAAGUAGUGAAAGUAGUUGUGAAAACAUUGUGACACCAAAUGUAUUUUUCAUGUUAAUUUCCUUUUUGUUCUUGUACACUGGGAUGACAGCAUGUGCCACAGCUGGUACUCCAUUACCUCCUUACUGUUUUCAGGUUUCUUUAACAGCUUAAGUUUUUAAAAUUUAUAUUGUAAGACUUAUGACCUCUGGCCAUCUCAGUGGGGUAGAUCUUGAAACUGUUCAGGGAUGUGAUGGAGCACCUCCCACAGCACAUUGACUUCUCCAUCACUGCACUGUGACGCAGCCAGGAGGAGAACCUGGACUACAAAUACUAACUCAGCCUGAAAAUACACCGGUUUUGUCUCACUGACUAUAUGCAGGCUUUCCAUCUGUGCACACCUAAGUCUUUGCUGGUGGGAAGCUUAAUUUUACCAGCAGUGCUGGAAACUAUCUCAGAUGAUUCACAAGAUUCUUUCCACCCAGGAUGAUACAAAUAAUGGAAAUCACCCCUCAGUUUUUAGUCAGGUGGAUUAAAUACUGAAACGUGCAACAAAAGAAUGUUAAUUACUUUAGUCUUGUAAAUGUUGAUACAGCAACUCAAGUAAACCAGCCCGGUGCAUCAAAUACUCUGAAUCUAUUCUUUUCCAUAUUUGUAUUUAGGAUGGCUCUGUUGGCCAUUUACUCCCUAUAAACCCUUCUUGCUACCACAGACUUGAGGUGUGCUGUAACUACUGAUCUCUUUUACCUACCUGUAAAAUGGGCGAUUGUCCUAUCCAUCACCAUCGACACUCAGACCUCUUUUUGUAUCAAAGCUGUAUGAAAUGUAGAGUAUUUCUGAUGUGUAGACAGAAACUGUUAAAGGAACUCCUGUGAGAAA